AUGCUCGCCACCACUGUCCCCCUCUUCCGGCGCUCCGUCGAGGAUGGCACCAUCAACUAUGAGCUGCCGCCAUGGUCGCUCUGGGUCAUCCUCAUCGACCUCGUCAUCUUUGUGCCUCUUCUCUUCUUCGCUGAAUACACCGUCAGCACCAUCUACCCCAUCUUCUCCAUGAUCGAGGACGAGAACCCGCCCGCCUACGCCCCCCUCUCCGCCGCCGACGACGAGGAGCACGCCGCCGGCCGCUCCGCCCGCCCGACCGGCGGCGCGCCCCAGACCGUCACCUCGUCCCUGCGCGCCGUCACGCGCCUGCUGCACGCCGUCGCCGGCGUCCGCGGCUUCUUUCGCGGCAUCCUCUUCUACGCCAUCCAGUACCUCAUGACGCUCGUCCUCGUCGAGCUCUUCACGCAGGCCCUCGGCCUCGCCUUCACCCCGCUCGCCACCCUCCUCGCCGCCCUCACCCUCGUCCAGUUCUCCGCCGCCUGGGUCCACAUCGUCAUGACGCACCCCGUCCCCGGCGUCUCGCACUUUCGCCGCCUCCCGCCCUUCAAGCGCGCCUUCGACGCCACCUGGCGGCCCAUCCUGCUCAACUGGGUCGCGCUCGAGUUUGUCCGCUGGGUGCCCGCCGCGCUCUUCGCGCUGCUCGGCGUCAACGUCCCCGAGCUCAAGGACGGCGGCCGCACCGACGUCAGCGACGUCACCGGCGCCGACAUGGCCAAGGUUGUCGUCAUUGCCGUCGUCUCGGCCUUUGUGGGCAUCGCCCUCGUCAUCCCCACGCACGUAAUCCUCGUCCGUGUCCAGGCCUCGCUGCUCCCCGUCGAGGACGACGCCAUCAUCCCCUUUGACCGCUCCUUCCAGGGCAAGGUCGAGCCCGCGGUCGCUGGUGGCCGUGGAUACGCUACCAUCCGCGAGGCUUGGUCGACUUUCAGCCGCGCAGGCUGGCGCCGCCUCAUUACGCUAUACAUCAAGGCCUUCCUCGUUACAAUGGGCGUCUACGCCCUCAUUGUCGCCGUUGCUAUCCCCGAGUUCCUCCUCAUGGUCCAGAAGACCUCGGGCGACGGUGGUGAUGAGCUGUAA